UGUUUGGUUUUCCUACAACCAACGAAGUGCUGUCAAAGGACCUGCACGAUUUCCGCAGAUCUACAAACGACGUGUCGCGCUGUGUUAACUCUGUUAAUGAGUUGGAGAUCUUUGAAAAUCUGUGAGGGCAGGGACAAGCUUUCCCUGGACCUGAGCGUUUUCUGCCUGCCUGCGAGUGGCUACGUGUAAUUCAAGGGAAAAUGGCAGAUAGGAGAAUUAAUAAUGUUGCCAACACCAGUGCAAAUUUACUGUUCAGCGGCGCUCCGGAGUUUAACUUCAACCUGCCUUUCAUGCCAGUGAGUCAGGCCACUGGUCCGGCGGUAUUGUCAGGAGAAGACUCGACUGAUGUUGGAGAAGAAGACAGCUUUCUAGGACAGAGCUCUGGGAAUGGGACAGCCCCCUCUACAUUCAACUACUUUUCCAGCCCCUCAACCAGCAGUGACCCGUUCGCAGCCAUCGGCCAGGCACCAUGCCCCCCGCCGGCCCUCUCCGCAGCCCCAACAUCAGCAGGGCCCGUUUCUGUUCCCAGCAGUAUGGGCAUGGCUCCGGUGGCCCCUCCAGCUUCACACAUGAACCCCGCUCCUCAGGCGUUUGGCAAUGCAGUUUACCAGAGCCCUAUGGGCCGUCACACUCCUCCCCCCGCCUCAAUGACCCCACCACCUCCCCAGAUGCAGCAACAGAGUCAUAACCCGUACCGACACACCACCAGCAGCAGCAGAGCCAGUCCCUAUAUUCCAUCUCCAGAGGUCCUGCCGCCAACACACACACCUCAGCAGAAUCCAUACUCCCUUGGCUCUCCGCCGCAGACAUUCCCUAUGUCCGGCCCCUCAUUCACAAAGCCUCCUCCCACACAGUACCAAGGGCCUCCGCCUCCACCCACCGCUGCCGGAGCCGUGGUUCCUGCUGGUCCCAUGAUGCAAUACAACUACAACAUCUACGAGCCUGUUCAGCCUCACUGGUUCUACUGCAAGCAAGUGGAGUCAAAGAGCGUCUGGCUUCCUUUCAGCAUCAUUGACUCCCUUCAGCUGGAGGAGACGUAUAACUCAGUUCAACCAGACCCAGAGAAUGUGAUCAUACGUACGGAUGGAGGGCGUUACGACGUGCAGCUUUAUGACCGCAUGCGCUCCUCGGUGUUCUGGGAAGAGGAGCCCACGGAGGUCCGGCGCUGCAGCUGGUUCUACAAGGGGGACACGGACAGUCGCUUCAUUCCUUACUCUGAGGAGUUUAGUGAGAAGCUGGAGGGAGAAUAUAAGAAGGCUGUGUCCACCAACCAGUGGCACCGCAGACUGGAGUUUCCAUCUGGGGAGACUAUUGUCAUGCACAAUCCGAAGGUGAUUGUGCAGUUUCAAGCAUCCUCCAUGCCAGAUGAGUGGGGCACGACUCAGGACGGGCAGACCCGGCCCCGAGUGGUGAAGAGAGGGAUCGAUGAUGACCAUGAUGAAGUGCCAGACGGGGAGCUCCCGUCAGUGGAUCAUCUGGUGUUCAUGGUUCAUGGAAUCGGUCCCGUGUGUGACCUGAGGUUCAGGAGCAUGGUGGAGUGCGUGGACGACUUCCGCAGCGUGUCUCUGAAGCUGCUGCACAGUCACUUUAAGAAGAAUCUGGACGAGCAGACCAUCAGCCGGGUGGAGUUCCUCCCUGUGCAGUGGCACACGGCUCUGCAUGGAGAUGCUACCGGGGUGGACAGGAGGAUCAAGAAGAUCACGUUGCCAAGCACUGGACGUUUACGUCACUUUACAAACGAGACUUUGUUAGACGUGCUUUUCUACAACAGUCCCACUUACUGCCAGACCAUCAUGGACACAGUUUCCCACGAGAUUAACCGACUGUACGCCCUGUUCAUGCAGAGGAACCCCAACUACAGAGGUCGCAUAUCAGUUGCUGGACACAGCUUGGGUUCUCUGAUUCUCUUCGACCUGUUGUCAAAUCAGAAGAACGCCUCCUCUGCACCGACCAUGCCAAUCAUACCCACUGCCAACGGAGAAAGCAAACAGGUGGCAGCCCCCGUGACGCAGGGAAACAAUGCGGCCACCCCUCCAGCUGUGGGAGAGGAGCCAAAAGAGGAUGAGGAGGAGUUAGAGGAUCUCUCCGCCAUGCUAGAAAAUCUGGGCUUGUCUGAGUACAAGAGCACCUUUGAUGAGGAGAAGAUUGAUGCAGAAUCUUUUCUGAUGUGUACAAUCGACGACAUGAAAGAGAUGGCAAUCCCGCUGGGUCCCCGGAAAAAGAUCGCCAAGUUUGUCAAAGAGAGGGAGAAUAAGCAGGCUGCACGUCAGGCGGCCCGGGAGAAGAAAGCCGAGGUCAGCCAGGCUGCGGCGCCCCCCCCACCAGCUGCCGAAGCUCCCCCCGAGUCCUCUGUGCUCCCAGUGGGCAACAGCAUGCACGUCCACGUCGACUACGACUACUUUGAAGUUGGCACUGGACAGGUGUCGGUGGUCUACCACGCUCUGGACUUUGAGCCGAUGAAUUUCUUCGCCCUGGGUUCUCCCAUCGGCAUGUUCCUGACGGUCCGAGGACUGGAGAAGAUCGAGGAGGCGUACCAGCUUCCCACGUGCAAGGGGUUCUUCAAUAUCUACCAUCCGUUGGACCCGGUGGCCUACAGGAUUGAACCCAUGAUAUUACCAGACAUGGACUUCAAGCCUGUGCUGGUCCCACAUCACAAAGGGAGGAAGAGGCUUCAUCUUGAGCUGAAGGAGAGCCUCACCAGGAUGGGCUCGGACCUGAAGCACGGCUUCAUCAGCUCCCUGCGGACCGCCUGGCAGACCCUCAACGAUUUUGCACGCGCUCACACUUCCUCCGCUCAGCUCCAGGCUGAGCUGGCCAUGGUAGCCAAUCAAAUCGAACAACAGGAGCUGCAAGCGCGGGAGGGGGAGGCAGAGGGUGAGGGGGACGAGCAUAAGAUCAGUGAGAGCCCCGAGCCCCCCCGAGAGGAGGAGCCUCAGGUGAAGGUGGGGAUGCUGAACGGAGGCAAUCGCAUCGACUACGUCCUGCAGGAGAAGCCCAUCGAGAGCUUCAACGAGUACCUGUUCGCCCUCCAGAGUCACCUCUGCUACUGGACGUCUGAAGACACAGCACUGCUGAUUCUCAAAGAGAUCUACAAGACCAUGGGGGUCCAUCCAGAACAGUUUGCACAUUAAUCAACUAAGUCUGAAAACGAUUCCCUUUGGUUUAUGUCAUUUCAUUUUUCCUUGAUUUAGAUUUUUCUAAUUUCUCUUAUUUUCUAUUCUUGUAGUUUAUUGUAUUCAGAUGAAGAAAACAAUUGUAGUAUGCCAUUUGUCUUGAAUUAUGAAAAAUAGAAAUGAGCUGGUAGAUUCAAAGACACUUGACAUGUUUGAUAUGACAUUUUUAUAGUAGAAUUAUAGAACUGGGCAAGUUUACUUCAGAUAUUUAUCUUCAAAUCAAAUACUUACAGCAGAAAUGACUUAGCAGCUGAUACUGUAGCCUUCUGUAUUUUAUUUAAUGUCCACCAUUUUAAAAAAUAAAUCAUUUCCUCGCAUAA